ACGCAGGCCGUUAGCCGUUACCAGAGCGGCUGAUCGUGCAUCGAAAGUGGAAGCCUCUGCUGUGGUGUAAUGUAACGCGUAAUGACGCUUCUGCGUUAGUUAAGGAGGUGGUGUAACGCGUACCGGCGGGACCCCCGAAAUCGGAUGCAUAAGCAGCCGGACGAAAGCCGGCAACUAGCAGCGCGGGCCAUCGACGACACGCGAUCGCAACUCGCUGUCGGUGGCGCGACGGCGUUCCGUCACCGCCUCCUCGAAGAUGCAGUGUCCGCUGGAUCCGCGGCUAGCAGAAAGCGCUCUUCCAACGCUGUGACCCUGCCCUGGGAUGCAUGGCCGUGCCCAGAAUGAACUGCAAACCGAUCGUCACGUAUGCAGGUGACAAGCAAGUGUUCAAAGCCCUUGAGCCCCUGCUUCUGGAAGGGUUGCCGCAGGAGCCUGUUGAGUGGACUCGGUCCUAUGGGCGGGGCCCGAAGACGGUGCGGGUGGAGUGUCGCUUUGUUGAGUACGAUGUGGCCCAGCUGUCUCGAGAGAAAGAUGGCCGCCUGCUCGAUCAGGCACACCUGCAUGUGUACUGCACUGACUGCAACGACCUGGAGGCAUACCGGUCUCGGGUGCGCGAUGAAAUUAUCGAGUGGAUGUCUCAGCUCAAGGAGGCCGGCAUCUAUGACUGGAUGCUGGUCGCCGUGGAGCCGACAGAUGCGCGGCGUGCCAACAAGGCCAAGCUCCUAUCACGCGCGACUGUCUUCGACCGCAUGCGUGCGGACUUCCCCAGCAAGACGUUCGACCGGUGCGUGCAGGUGUGCACAGACUCAAGCGGGUCGGUUGGGGUGGCCACGCUGCUGGGGCGCCUGCGGCAGCUUUUGUUGCAUGCCACGGGGCGCCACCUGGGCCGUUACGAGGAGCUGAUACGGACUCAGCGGGAGAGGCGAACUGCACCCCACUGGUCUUUCCUGCACUUCUUUUUCCUGCAGGAGGAGCUGGCGUUUGUGCUAGAGGCAUUGGGACUGUAUGAUGAAGCCCUGGUGCAGUAUGACGAGCUUGAUGCCCUGUUUACCCAGGUGGUCAUCAAUUCGGCCAGUGGAGAGAUGCCCGAAUGGCUGUGCCAGCUUGCGCAACUGGGCUGCGAGGCCUGGGGAGGGCUUCGGCUCGGCCUGGACCCUGCACACAGCCCUGAACGCCAGCUGCUGCUACGCAGUAAGGGUUCCUUGCUGCAGCUGCGCAACUACCUCUUCUCCCGGCAGUGUGCCCUACUCCGCCUGCAGAAUCGGGCAUCCGAGAUGGCAUCACGUACACUCUCGUUCCUACACAACACUGUCCACGAGCUGGCCAUUCUGGAGGUGACUACACCGCCAGGGGCAGUGGCUUGCUGGGUGUUCAGCAGCUGCCUGGAGGUGCUGUCUGCGUGCGAGGGUGAUGGGCCAGCGGAAGAAGUGGUGCCUGCCAAUGCUACACCGCCUCCGUCGCGGCGGGGGGAGAAACAGCAACAGCCACAGCAGCAACCACAGCAACAACCACAGCAGCAGCAGUCCACGAUGGUGAAUGGUGCGGCAUACUCCCUGCACACUGUGGGGCUUUGGUCUUAUGCCAGGGAAAAGCUCAAGCAGUUGGGUGAGCUGUGUGGCCUGAUGCCCGGCAGGGAGUCCACAUCCGAGCACCUGCUCAUGGUGAUUGCACUUCUUUCGGGCAUGCAGUCGUCGGCAGCCGAGGCUGACAGCCAGUCUCCACACAGCCAGCUGAGGGAGGCACUCUCUUCCAAGGAAUCCUUUCUCAAACACUACCUGGAUCUGUCGGAGCACACCAUGAUCAUGUUCAAGCACACAGGGCGGCUACGGUCGGCCAGGCUUGUAGGCAGAGAUCUGGCCGAGCUGUACAUGCAACUGGGUGAGCCACAGAAGGCGGUGCCCUUCCUCGUGGAGCUGGUGCGGAGCCAGGCGGGAGGGUGGCACCGGUUGGCGGCCAUUGGGCAGCGGCGCCUGCUCGACUGCUACGCUCAGACGUGCGAGUGGGGGCGUUACCUGCGCGCAGCGCUCGCCUUGGCCGCCUGUCCCGCGCUGCCCCUUGACGAACGUCUCCAGCUGUUCGAAGAGGUUCAGCCGUGCAUGCAGAACCUGCGUGAGAUGGGAGACGGGCCUGUGGCGCUGCCCAUGGAGGGCCUGGUGUCGCUAGAAGCAGAUGAGGCUAGUGGCGCUCUCCCGCCGCCUGCAUCAACAGUACCUCGAUGGGCAGAGGGCAGUGAGGUCGAGCUGCCGUUAACCCUGACAAGCCAAUUACCCGCUACCCUUAAAGGAUGCACCCUGACCCUACACCUGCAUCGGCUAGAGGCACCCCCAUCUGUCACCAACACACCAUCUAAGCACCGUGGCCGGUGGAGUUGGCUAGCCUCGAGCGGUCGCCCUGGCGGGUGGAGCCCUCGCAUGGCUGUGCUGCUACCUCGUGCGGCAACAAGCCCUGCUGCAGGCCGAGGGAGUUCCGGCCACCACAAUGCAGGAUCAGUGGGACUGGUGUGCUCCAAUCUGCCCACCGUGCCACCCGCAGCACCAUGCCUCACAAAUGCCAGUGGAAGCAGCGACACUGUCGAGUUUCAGAUCCAGGGCAUUGACCUGGUGCCGGGACUCAAUCGGUUCACCUUCCACCACAAGGUAUCCCAGGUGGGCUACUAUGUGGGUCGGCAGCUGGACCUACGCUGGGAGCAGCUGAGCCUGGCACAGCUCACACUUGGUGGGGGUCUCACGAGCAGGGGAGCAAGACUCUCAAUGGCCCGGCCACCCGCCUUCACCGUCUACUAUGACAGCCCCAAAGUGGCAUUGCACUUUCCACAGGGUGAGCUUCUGGCGGGGGUGCGGCAGAGGCUAGAGGUGGUGCUGACAUGUGGCAGCAUUCCGCUCACUCCAGAGCACCAGCUUCACCUCAAGGCCUCCAAGGGGCUACUGAUCAGGCCCAGCCACAGAAUGACGGACUCCAAAGCUGAAGAGACGAGCUCCGAGUGUCCACAGCCUCCGUUGUCUCCAGUGUCUCCACCUUUCUCUGACGAGUGCCGUGUGCCAGUUGGAGAGCCCGGUCUGGCAGCAUCAUCAACAGAAGGGCGCACCUUCUCUCUGGUGCUUCAAGCACCGCUGGCACCCUCAUCCUUACAGUGGCGCUCCACUUUUCUGGCACCCUUUGCCUGCACCCACCGGCUGCAGACUUUUGACCAGCGGAAGUACCUCCAGGUGAACCUGCAGGGCCUGACAUCGCAGCCUUUCACAGUGGGGAAUGCCACCCUGCUGGCACUGGACAACGAGCCUGUCUACCUCAAACCCCUCCACUCAACCUCACAGCUGCUGAGAGUGAGUCCCGCGCAAACGGCGUGCUUCCUUUGGGAGCUGCUCAACGCCGAGGGCCAGCCGCUGCGCCUCUCCUUCUCAGUGCUCUAUGUGCACGGCACGGGCGAGGAUCGGGUCGAAAACAGCUUCAACCACACCUUCCGCAUCGAGGAUUACCAGACAUUAUACACAGUGCGUGUGCGAGUGGAGCCGCAGUCUGGAGCUGAGUUCUGCCGGACAGACUGUGCAUGUAGCCUGCACGUGCAAAUCAGUCAGCUGCAGACAACAGCGCCAUCCGCACUCAUGUAUGAGCUCGUUCCAGACGCGACUGCCUGGGCCGUGCUUGGACGCACUGCAGGGGUGUUGCAGCUGAGCCCUGAGCAGCGUGAGCAGACUGUCACGUUGGAAGUGAAGCCACUGCAGGUCGGGUUCCUGCCCGUGCCCACAGUGAGGCUGUCACGCUACAUCCCGUCCUCGUCGUCUGGGGGAACACCCUCCAAGAGCCUCAGUUCUGAAGGCAGCAGUGCACAGGGUACUGCCAAGCUGGAGCCAUUCCUGCCUGGCCAAAUCUACAAUUGGAGCCGAGCCACGCAAGUGCAUGUGCUGGCGCCUUCGGCCAGCAGCUGCGAGCCGCCCGGCUGACAAGACGCAGCGCCGCGUGUGCAUCAGAAAGGCCUCACGAGAGUGGGACAGCCCUCACCACACCCUCAGCGCUGGCCUCGCCUGUAAUAUUCGCUACUCCCCACCCCCUCCUCCCUUCUGGCCCAUUGUACAAAGAGAGAGCGAGAGAAAAGAAAAAAGGACUGGCUACUCCCCUGUUAGGAGCUUCACAGGGACGUUUUCUCCAUCUGUUGUCAUCAUACUUCCUGUCCUCUUAGGAUGGCCUUGUCGUAAUUUCGCGUUCCACGGGCCAGUCUUUGCGCCUACUGUCCUGCCUGCAGUGCACCCCCCUGCAAUGACUGGCUGAUGUGCGAGAGACUGAUGAAAGAAAGGAAAGAAGCCUGAAAGAUAUUGUGGUGAUAUUUUUCCCACACUUCUUGUAAGUGCCGUGCUUGUUCGUGUAGUCCACUUGUGUUAAAUAUCCCUUUCCUGCAGCAGGCCUCCUUCAAAAAAAAAAAAAAAAUAGGAAGAACUUUCUCCUCUCCUGUUGUAAUGUAUCAGUGACAUUCCCGAUGCCCUCCUUGGUGUUUCAUAAGUUGUGCCCAACUGUCUUUCCUUUGGCCUACUUUGUAUGUAUUAUGGCAUGCAGGCCUUCCUUUUUCCUCCCAACUCAGUCAGGUCCUGCUUUAGGCUGUUGUACAAAGUUGAAGACAAAGUCAUUGCUUCUUCCUCUAGGAAACGUGUUACGCCGUCGUGAUGACAGGCAUCACAAAACUCCUAGCCUCCUGUAUUAAGGCCUCCUCUCGUCUCCGUCCGAAGAGGCCUCAAGGGCUGUACAUGUUCCCCAAGCAACGAGGCACGUCGCGGGUGCUUUGUGUUUUGUUUUGCGCACGCCAGGGUUGUUGCGUGACGCUGUUCAGAGACGUGUGUAUUGCUCUAGGAAACAAAAGAAGAAUAAAUAGGCGACAUUGUAAUUUCA